UUUCAGGCGGGCCAAGGUCCUGAUCCGUCCAUCAGAGUGGCUAGUCCUAAUCCAGAUGGCAAGGCUUCUAAAUCAUCAGCGGCGUUGCCAUUGGCAUCAGGUGAGAGUGGUGAUGCAUGCCGGGAGGUGUUAGCUGGGUGUGCAGCGUUGUGUGCGCAGCUCGGUCUGCGUCGGUCCUUCAGUGCGGCUGAUGUGUGUCAGGUGCAUGCGUCGCCACCACCCAGAAGCGCAACUUCUGAAGUCGGUUUAUGCGCUGCACUGGAGGCUCUCACUAUGAACGCUGCAUCUCGCUCCUGCAGCACUUGGGUUGCCGUGGGAGGGUCUCAGCUGCCGUCUCCGCAGCGAGCUCACCCAUCUCACCUGACACCGCGCCCGCAACCCAGUGAUAAUAAAAAAGUUCGUCAGAACUAUAUAAAGAAGCGUCUACUGACCACUUACAGGGCGUUAGAAAGAAUGUCUCAGUCUGAAUUCAAUUUGGACAGGCUCGAG